UGCGGUCAUGUGGCGCGGAGGCUGCGGGCAGUGGGAGACAAAUAAACAUGGAGGCCAUCUUCCACGAGAGGCAAGAAGGCUCUCUGUGUGCCCAGCACUGUCUGAAUAAUUUGCUACAAGGGGAAUAUUUCAGUCCUGUGGAGUUGUCGUCUAUUGCACAGCAACUAGAUGAAGAAGAGAGGAUGAGGAUGGCUGAGGGAGGACUCUCUAGUGAAGAAUAUAGGACAUUUUUACAGCAGCCUUCUGGCAAUAUGGAUGACAGUGGUUUCUUCUCUAUUCAAGUUAUAAGCAAUGCCUUGAAAGUUUGGGGUUUAGAACUAAUCCUCUUCAACAGCCCAGAGUAUCAGAGGCUCGGGAUCGAUCCUAUAAAUGAAAGAUCUUUUAUUUGUAACUAUAAGGAACACUGGUUUACAGUUCGAAAGUUAGGAAAACAGUGGUUCAACUUGAACUCUCUUUUGACGGGUCCAGAACUAAUAUCGGAUACUUACCUUGCACUUUUCCUGGCUCAGUUACAACAGGAAGGUUAUUCUAUAUUUGUUGUAAAGGGCGAUUUACCGGAUUGUGAGGCUGAUCAGUUACUGCAAAUGAUUCGGGUACAGCAGAUGCAGCGGCCAAAAUUGAUUGGGGAAGACACGCUGCAAGCAAGAGAUCAGAGGGUACAAAAAGCAGACCUCGAACAAACCUUAGAUGUUAGCCAGCCAUUUGAUGGUCCAGGCGUGUUAGAUGAAGAUGAAGAGAAUUUCCAAAAAGCUCUUGCUCUCAGCAGGCAGGAAAUUGAUAUGGAGGAUGAAGAAGCUGAUCUCCGUAGAGCCAUUCAACUGAGUAUGCAGGGUGGUCAUCGGACUGGCUUCUCAGAUGCUUGCACCCUUAAUGCUCCACGCUCAGCCACGACAAAUCAGUCAGAAUCCCUUACAUCAGAAGAGCUGCGAAGAAGAAGACAGGCCUAUUUUGAAAAACAGCAGCAUUUGCAUCAGCAAUGCCAGAAUCCAGAAUUUCAUGAUGUACCAACUACGAGUUCAAAUGCACUGGGGACUGAUCCAGGAGGUGAUCUGAGUGAAGAAGAUAUGCUUCAAGCAGCCAUGAAUAUGUCCUUGGAAACUGUUAGAAACAGCUUGAAUACAGAAGAAAAGAAAUGACACAAAUACCUAUUUUUAUUCUAUGUGAACACUAAAUCCUGGAUGAAUCCUGUGUGGAUGGUGUAGAGAGUAGGGUUCAUUUCACUGAUGUACCAAAGCAGGAUAUAGCCCUAAAAGGUAUGAGGUUAAGAAUCAGAAUGAAAAGGCAGCCUGCAUAUAACAAAAACAAAAUCUUACCAAUGUAAAGGUUUUAGCUUUGCUCUUAUGGUAACUUCUAAUCAAGUUGAUAUAAUUUUACCUCACAUGAGCAAAGAGGCCACACUUUGUCAUAAAAUCUCAUCCAUCACCUUCAUCACCAAUUGGCGCUUGGGAGCAGUUGUGAUAUCUGCAGAUACUUGUACUGGGUUGUGUGUGUUUAUAUGUGUGUGUGUUUCCAGAGCAAGAUAAAUCCACUACUGUAGCUCCUUAGCCAUCGCCCUGAGGUCCUUGAGUUAGGCUAGCACUGGGCAAGGUUGUGUGACACGGAAAACUUCACAGACUUGCUUGUAUGCUUACAAGGCAUUGCAAAGAGUUCCUGUGCGCUCCAAAUAGUUUAGAGCAAGGGAUACAAUUUGCCAUUAACUAUUGCUAUCUUUUGGUUACUGUGUAAUGUAACUUAACAGAAUAUUAAUUUAGUAAUUUUUUUAAAGGGGGGAAAUAAUUCAAAAUUUGUUUACCAUAUUUGCAGAAAAACACAAGGUCUGUUUUAAGCACUGGAUCCAAUCGGUUAAGGGCAUUUGGGCACUCUUUAGGGACUGCAAACUGAUACAUCCAUUCAUCUGGCCUAAUGAUAAGGCCAGAGUUUUCUUCUUUUCCAAGAAUACAUUUUUUAAAAGAAUACUCUUUCCACUAAAUUCUGGGCAAUCCUGGCCUGGGUGAACUAGUAUGACUGCAGGUACUGAGGGAAUAUGUGUGAUCAACUCCUUUGGGGGAGGGUAUGGGGAUUGUUUUCUGGUUAUUUUGUGACCUCUUCAUUCCCAUGUUACUACAAGUAUUAAAGUUGGUGAUAAAUAUAUGAAGCUGACUUAGCUAUUAGCCCAUCUAGUACCAUGCUGCUGAUUGCCAGCCGUUCUCCAAAGUCUCAAGCAAGGAUCUUUCCUUGUUCUGCUACCAGAAAGAUUGUAGGUUGGAGAUGCUGGGGAUUGAACCUGGGACCUUCUGCAUGCAAAGCUGGUGCUAUAGGCCCUCCCAAUAUUCUGAGGUCUGUUAGGAGUGAGAAAGAUAAGAAAAUAUUUGGAUGCCAUGAGUUCAUUGUUAUAUUCAUCAUCACCUGCGAUCUGAAAUGAACUCUACACUGGUUGCUUAUAUGUAAAGAAUGAAUAUUUCACAAAUGGAUGAAUGUGUGUGGACGUGUAUUCUGUCAGAUGUUACUGAAUGUCUCCUACUUGUUAGAAUAUUGCAGCUUUUCAUGAAUGGCCUUUGUUUGUGCACCUUACAGAUUUUUCUAUAACUUCUGUUAAUUGAGGAAAAUUGGGGAGCAAAACUUUGCAAGCGAAGUUCAUUCUGUUGAUUGACUUACUACAAGAUUACUAUGACAGGACGUUCAAAUCUGGCAUUCUCUGUUACAAGAACCGUUUUAAGUGUUUUUGUAAUUGGUGCUUUAAGCAUACGUUCUGUUUACAUAUGUACUUUUUAUGGCUAUGGUGUUGGAUGGUUUACAGUGUUUAAACUGUAUUGUGCUUGAAGCUUAUGCAUUUAUCAGAAAGCCCAAGGGAGGGGGGAAAUUGUAGUAAAACCUACACAUUGAUUUGUGUGCUAACUUGUUUCAAAAUUACAAUACUUCUCAUCCUCUUGACGUUUCACCCUGUGUGCUGAAUGAUAACUAACUGUAUGCAAGUAUGUGGUGUGUUAAUGAAUAACAUGAUGCAAAAAAACCCGCUUGGAUUUUGAUAACAUUUGUUUACAAUAACGUUCUUUUUAGAUGGCUUGAUUUCUAGAACAACUACAGACAAGAGCCAAAUAUCAUGUACCUUUACUUGCGUGUUCCAGUGAUUCUUGACUUUUAUGAAACUUUGCCUAAGUACGGGCAAUGGGACUUGGCCCUGAAAUGAGCACUGUUUUUAAAAAUGCACCAACCGUUACUGUUUCCAUAUACCGAAGGCAGCACUGUUAGACCCUUCAGAAUGUACUUAAUUAACUGCAGAAAAGCAUCUUGCCAAACUUAGUGCACUGCCACUGCUUUUGAACAGUCUGCAGCAGUAAUUAUGUAAAGCUAUCUGGAUUUAUUUUGUUUUUGCUUGUAAGCCAUUACUUGAAAAUAAGCCGCAAAGGGAUUUAUAUAAAGCAUGACAUAAAAGCAUACCAAUCUGUAAAAAUCAAAAUUGUAUGUUUUUUUUUCCUUUGUACUUUUCUGAUAAACAUUCUUUUGAACAAUCUAAAUCUGAACUGAUACAGGGACACUUUUCAAAUAUUUUUGUAUUUAAAUGCAGAUACCCAAGUACAAAGGCAUACAUAUAGCAUACCAAUGACAAAAGUUAUGCAGUUUUCAAGAAUGACCUCUACUUUAAAAUGCACUUAAGUGGGCGUGGAUGCGAUCCCUGCUUCUAUGUAUUUUGUAGGGUAAGGCUAUCUUUUAAAAUGUGUGCAUGCUACAGAACUGAUGUAGUACACGUCCUUCUGCAACCUUUAUUUUGAAGUACAAGUGACUUCCUUUCUGUAUGGAGAAGGGUUUGCAACCCCUUAUCAAUGCUCCAUCACCACAACCCCCAAAUAGAGACUGUAGUCAUGGAAUGCCACGAAGACCAUAUUGCUUAGUUUUGAGAAUCUUGUUUGAAUCAUUUUCCAUGACCUUUUACUUUAAUUUGUUUACCAGCCAUGCCUAUGCAAUUUCUCCCACCUCAGCUACUUGAGAGUAGCGUAAUUCCAUUAUUGAAAUCUUGACGCGACCCAAACAUGGGAAGGACUUUCCUUAUUUCUUUAUGCUCACUACAUAGUCUGACUGCAGCAUCUGAAGAAUGCAGAACCCUAUUCUGAUGGGAAAAAUAGAAUAGUAUAGAUACAGAUGACUGGUUUGAUUAUUUUUAAAAAGUCUAAUUACAAGGAUAUGUUUCUAGGUUACUUGGCCCUUCAUAACUAUACCGUGUGGGAACACUAGAAUUUCCUUGAUCAGAACUUUUUGCUUUACCUAUUUUCACUCAAUUCAGUCAAGUGGCUUUGUGGAUCUGUGUUUCAGCCAUAACAGCAUUUAUUACCUUUCAGUCCAGGAUUAUAUCAACGGUGCAUCUAUGAUGCAAGGGGUAUUUUUGUGACCAUGGAAGAGCUGUCACUGGGCAAACUCCAGCUCACCCUUGGCUCAUUGAUACUGAAGGUGCAUAUGGCUCUCCUGUAUGGGCCUGCUGAAGAUAAUCAAGUGUUUGAAGUGAGGGGAAACUGUUGGUUCUUAUUGAAAGAACUGAAGAAAUAACAAAAAUGAGCCAAGUAAAGACAGAACAAUCUUUUGUGUGAAUUAAGUCCAUAGAUGAAUGCAUAGCAUGCUGGGAAAUAAAACAGACUUUUUUUUAUUUGUAAACACCAAAGCAAGACUGAGUAGACACCUUUAAAUUUUCCCCAGUGAAGACACAUAAUUUGCAAUUUUUAAGGGUGAAGAUAUGCCUGUCUUCCUAGAAGCAAUCAGUCUGCACUAAUCCUGUUAUUUUGGUAUGCAUGCCUUUCUUAACCAGAAUUUGACAUUGUUAAUUAUGAAUUUGUUUUGUAAAUAAAGUUCUACUAUUUUAAAUCCUGUUGCUAACAGAAAACAUCUUCCAGAGCUCAAAUACUGUGAUACUGGCAGUAUGAAAGAAGACGUGCUGAUCUUUAUUAUGCCGGCUCGAUUAGUGCAAGGAACAGGACUUCCCUUCUGAGGGGAAAAAAAAGGAGUAUUUGAUUAUGCUUUGUAAACAUUUCUCUUUACGAAUGAGAGAAUGAAUAAAGUUAAUUCCUGUAGGUUUUGA